GAAUUGCAUUGACACAUAAAGACUCUUUUUUUUAGAUAACAUAUAAUGGUUUGUGAAUGCUAAAAAACUGUUAUGAGAAGAAAUGGGGUUGUUAUUAUCAGUUGUGUCAAAGUUUCGUAAAAAAACGACAACGAAAGAAACUUUGGAGCAAAUAGAAGAGGACAUAGAACACCUUGAAUCAACGCUACGAAAAAACCGACAACGUCAGAAAUCUGCUGUGCUGUUUUUGCUCUCCACAUCUGUGUUUUUGUACUUGUUGGCUGCAGUUGUGUUUUACAUGUGGUAUAUGCCAACAAAAUGGUCUCAACGAUUGUUGUAUCUGUUACCUUUUGUUGGUUUCCCAUUUUUAGUAUUUAUUCUAAAGAAGACAUUACAUUUUGUCUAUGUAACUGGUAUUAGCAAAAGCGCAAAACAGCUAGAAGAAAAACGAAAAGAAAAGAAAAAAAUUUUGGAAAAUGUAAUGGAAACUGAAACAUACAAAGUAGCUAAAGAAUUAUUACAAAAGUUUGAUCCAACCCGAAAGCUCGUUGAGAUUGAUGCAACUACUAAAAAUUCUCCGCAAAACUCACCAAGUAAUACUCCGGGCCAAGAAUUAAGAAAAAGAAAUUUAGCAGGAAGUCAACCACAUCCUGAAAUGAUCCGGCCAAUUCUAAAUCGACCGCAAAUAACCCCCUCAAUGAAUAACACACCAAGAAUGAUUAAUGGUUCAGGAAUGCGCAGCCAAGCACCAAUGCAACUUAGGUUUUCUUCUCCUAACCAAUUAGGUGGCACACCACUCCCAAACGCUCCAAUAUUACCAAGAGAUCGUUCUUUCUUUGAUAAGGUUGCUGAGUAUUUUGUAGGAGAUGGACCAAAUAGCAGAUACGCUUUGAUCUGUUCAAAUUGCUUUUCUCAUAAUGGUAUGGCAUUAAUGGAAGAAUUUGAAUUUACAGCUUUCAAAUGUUGUUACUGCGGUCAGUUCAAUCCUGCAAGAAAGAAAAGACCGAACGCACCGAAGCUAGAACAAAAUACACGUGAUGAGGUCAAGUCAGACUCAGCGGGGAAGCCGUUAAACGAAUCAAAGGACAUCGAGGAUAAAAAUGAUAGACAAAACAGUGAUGAUGAUAGCGAAACUUUGACCGAAGAUUCUCAAAACGUGCAUCAGGCAGUAGCAAAACAAAUAGAGGAGACAGCAGAUAAAGAGAAUGGUGCUGAAGAAAAUAAAGCUGAUGGCGAAUCUGUUUAUAGUGAAAGCAAGAGUUGAUGACCAAGCUAAAAUGCGUGUUUAUAGAAGAUUGACGCAAUUUGAAAACAAGUGGUUGGACAAAAGCUACUGGAAUAUUUAAUACAGAAAUUUUGAUAUAUUUUAACUAUAAGUCCGUUUCCUGAAUGUUGAAUCAAUUUUGAAGAAUAGUAUAGUGUUGUUUCGUGAAGUAUUUACAGAAUCCUUUGUCUCGUCAUUAAAACACAACGUUCCAAUGACCUUUUCCUUACUUUUCUUAUUGUUUUGUUUUUAAGUUAAAAACGUAAUUUU